AUGUCUAAACUUCCCCUUAGCGUCCGUGUCACCGACGUCGUCCACAGAGCCACUGUUUUGGGACUCGUUGGUAUUGCCGUUGUGGGUACUGGAAGUAUCUUUUUCAACAUCUAUGCUAACUCCGAUUUCGCCAAAAUGAACAAGAACAAGUUGAAGUUCCACAGAGAAGAGUAUGAGCAAGCCCGUGCUGCUCAGGGUGUUGCUUCUGAGGAAAGCAAGUAA